AUGGGCCGUGGCAGCCUGAAGUAUCGCUCGACGUCGCAUACUGAUCGUUCUUCCCAUAAAUCCACGACCUUCCCACAUAUGCCCCAGGUGUAUCAUAUUGUUGAACAAAUGUGUAAACUCGGCACCGUUCAGCAGGCUGUCGCCGGCUGGGGCAAAGCCCAGUUCGACUCGGACGACGAAUUUGACGAUUAUUAUAGCGACACCGACGACGAUGACGUGAUGCCCGAUCUUGAAGAUGAGGAACAAGACGUCCCCCCCCAGUCUAGACAACGCACGUCUUCAAUCUACAAACCUCUCAAGCCCUUGGAGAUUCGACUGUUUCGCAUGGACUCGGCCGCCGACGCGACGGACAACAAGGCUGAGAUCGUCCUCUCCCUCGACAACUACCUCAUAUCAGAGGCGCCACCAUUCUCGGCCUUGUCGUACUGCUGGGGGGAUCCGGCGACCACGGCGUCCCUUCAGGUCAAUGGAAACGUGCUACCAAUCACUAACAACCUGAACACGGCGCUGCGACGACUUCGCACUGUCCAGGAGCGGGACCACAUUCAGUUCUGGUGGGUCGACGCCAUCUGUAUUCACCAACAGAACCUCAGAGAGCGCGCUGAGCAGGUCAUGCUCAUGAGAGAGAUCUUCCGCGUGGCGAGCUCGGUCGUCGUGUGGCUCGGGGAGCCGCAGUCGGCAGGCAACAACUUUCUGCACGAUGUCAAGGCCAUCCAUAGCUACAUCGACGACCACGAGAGCGGACAGAGCACGUUACCACCACCGGACGUGAAGAUUGUUGAGCCUCAUCUCCCAGGCGUGUACGAUCUGGUCGGCAAUGCGUAUUUCACCCGGCUGUGGAUGGUGCAAGAGACUAUGGCGGCGCGUCGUGCGGUCUUCUACUCAGGCGGCACGGCCGAGAAUUGGGAUACGGUUACUCGUGUGUGCAAGUGGGUGUCGGCGACGGGACUCAUCUGGUCGGACUCCCGACAGUCAUCCCGAAACCUGACGCGGGCCCAAUCACUCCUGCUCCGGCACGAGUCGCCUACGCUGCUCCAUCUGCUGUGCCGCUUUCGCGGCCUCAAGUGCUCCGACGACCGGGACAAGGUGUUUGCGCUCUUGACGACCUCGCGCGAGAACAGGGACACCUACGACGUCCUGCCGGACUACACGCAGUCCGUGGUCGAAGUGUACACGGGCAUAUGCCGCUUCGUGCUCCAACGCAGUCGCCAGCUGCAUAUCCUGAGCUGCGUCCAGAAUGCCACUGAAUCACCGGACCUGCCGUCCUGGACACCGGAUUGGAGACGGACGUGGUCGCACAUGGCGCUCGACGUGUACUUUGGCGCCGAACAGGUGCACCACGUCUUCCGCGCGAGCCAGGAGAUGCGAGCCAUGGUGACUCCAUCCACGGAUCCACGGAUCCUGACCGUCAAGGGCGUGCCGAUCGACACGGUCAGAACAACGGACAAGCCCGAAAAGGACGCGAUCCUGGCGGCCUCUGCUGUGUCUUUCCAGGAUUUCGCUGAUAAGUUGCUCCAUCGUCUCGGAAUCGAGGACCCAGAAACACCCUACUUGCUCACGGGUGAAUCAUAUCGCGAGGCUCUAUUCCGGACUUUAUCGGCCGACUUUGUGAUGAAGGCACCAAGCUCUUCUCCGUCGUCGCCUGCGUCAACAACAGCCCCUUCCCCUCUUCCCAUCAUCCUGCCCGUCGAAGAUGCGCUUGGCCACCAGGAUGAACUGGUUUUCAAGCCGAGGACGGUACGGCGGUGGCACAGCACGCCCUUGAACCAUACGUACAUGUCUCCGUGGACGGACAGCCUCGAGGCCUACCAUCCCACAGCCGUCGAGGCGUACAGCAUCCCCGGCGCGCCUGUCUGUACUCGGUCGAUCUACAAACACAUCCAAAACCUCAUGAUUGGGCGGUUGUUGUUCGUGACCGAGACGGGACACCUGGGGCUGGGGCCUGAGGACGCACGGCUGGGAGACCAGGUGGUGGUCUUGCCUGGGGCGGACGUGCCGUUUGUCUUAAGGUCGGUGGGCGGUGGAGCAGGGGAAUAUCGCGUGGUCGGGGAAUGCUAUGUGCAUGGUUUCAUGGACGGUGUGGCGGUCGAGGGAAAGGAGGCGGCAGCUUGGCGAGAAUAUGUCCUUUGUUGA